UACUCUCCCCACCAUUAUCUCUCUUGUUGUUGCUUUACUUGCUAAGGCGAUACUUGGGUAGCUAUAGUUAAGAGCGACAACUAAUGGGGCCAAAAAAUGGAGCUGAAACAAGAUCAUUAAGAUCAGUUGAUCAGGAGAAAUGGGUUUAUGAUUCUUCCGUGGAUCAUAAAGGAAGGGUUCCUCUUCGUUCCUCUACUGGUGUUUGGAAAGCUUCUCUCUUUAUCAUUGCGAUUGAGUUCAGUGAGAGGCUGAGUUACUUUGGAAUAGCAACAAGCUUAAUUAUUUAUCUGACAAGGGUAAUGCAUGAAGAUCUAAAGACUGCUGCUAGGAGUGUAAACUACUGGUCUGGUGUCACCACUUUGAUGCCUCUUUUAGGAGGAUUCGUUGCUGAUGCUUACUUGGGUCGAUACUCCACUGUUUUUGUUUCUUCCAUUAUGUAUCUUCUGGGAUUAAUUCUCUUGACACUAUCCCAAUUCGUACCAAGUCUCAAGGCAUGUGAUGCAGAACUCUGUCACGAACCACGAAAAGUUCAUGAAGUGGUAUUCUUUCUGGCCUUGUACUUAAUCUCUAUAGGAACUGGAGGACAUAAACCAGCUUUAGAAAGUUUUGGAGCAGACCAAUUCGAUGAUGAUCAUAAUGAGGAAAGAAAGAACAAGAUGUCGUACUUCAAUUGGUGGAACUUUGGUCUGUGUUCUGGACUACUACUUGGUGUUACAAUUAUUGUUUACAUACAAGACCAUAUUAGUUGGGGAGUUGCAUAUAUCAUUCUCACUGCAGUCCUAGCUUUAUCACUAGCUGUCUUCAUUAUUGGAAGGCCAUUCUACCGUUAUCGAGUUCCUACUGGCAGCCCCUUGACGCCAAUGUUGCAGGUUAUUGUAGCUGCAUUUAAGAAAAGAAACUUGCCAUAUCCUUCCAAUCCUGCAGAGUUGUAUGAAGUACCUGAGUUGCAAAUACACAAAGGGAGGCUUCUUUGCCAUACCCAGAAGCUAAGGUUUCUUGACAAAGCAGCAAUUAUGGAAGACAAUGGAAAUGGUGCAGAGAAGCAGAGUCCUUGGAGACUUGCAUCAGUGACCAAGGUGGAAGAGGUGAAGCUUAUUCUCAACAUGAUCCCAAUAUGGCUAGUUACCUUACCCUUCGGAAUUAGCGUAGCACAAACCGCUACCUUCUUUAUCAAACAAAGCACCACAUUGGGUCGAAAUGUUGGCAAUGGAUUCUUGAUCCCACCUGCCUCAGUUUACGCAAUCUGUGCCAUUGGAAUGAUAAUCUCAGUCACCGUUUAUGAGAAGAUACUAGUACCAAUCCUAAGAAGGGUGACAGGAAACGAGAGAGGAAUCAAAAUCCUUCAAAGAAUUGGCAUUGGAAUGGUAUUCUCAGUUGCAGCAAUGGUCACUUCCGCACUGGUCGAGAGAAAAAGACUAAGCGUCGUAGAGAAAAAUGGAGCAAAGGGUUCACUUACGAUGAGCGUCUUCUGGUUAGGUCCACAGUUUCUAAUUUUUGGCAUAGGAGACGGAUUUACAAUAGUAGGAUUGCAAGAAUACUUUUAUGACCAAGUUCCUGAUUCAAUGAGAAGUUUAGGCAUUGCAUUUUACCUGAGUGUGAUUGGAGCUGCAAACUUCCUUAGUAGUGUUCUUAUAACAGUAGUUGAUCAUGUUACCAAGAAGUAUGGCAGGAGUUGGUUCGGGAAGGACUUAAACAGCAGCCGCUUAGACAACUUUUACUGGCUUUUAGCAGCAAUGGGUGCGGCAAAUUUGGUAGUGUAUGUGGCAUUGGCUAGGCGAUACUCUUACAAAAAUGUCAAUAGGAGUGUGGCUGUGGCUGAUUGCUCUGGUGAUGAUUGGGAACGCUCAAUGGCUUAAACUACCCUUUUCAUUAGUCCUGUAAAAAUCCUAUCAUUUAAAAUUAGUGUUAUGCUUUGAGUUGCAAUUCCUAUAAAAAGUUUUAAGGAAACAUGUGUUUUAUUAAAUUGAGUUUAAAAAACUUUUGGAUGUCUA